AUGCCAAUACGCGCACUUCUAAGGUACCUUUUGAACAAUGAACAGCUCAUUCAGAAGAUCGCAGACAGCUACCCUAUCAGACGAGCAGCCCAACUGACUGCUUAUUUUAUUCACAAAGGAAAAGAAAUUGGUGAGGAAAAAGUUGAAAAGAUAAAAGAGUCCGAUGUUAUUAACCGUCUGCAGAAUGAAGCUUUGAACUCCGCAUCAAAACUUCAGGGCAAAGCCAGUUCAACCUUAGAAAAGACAAACAGAUUUGUAAAUACUUUUUCAGAAGCACUGAAACAAGAAUGGAAGAAGGCAGAGAUGAAAAUUGAAGAACAGAAGAAAUUAGAAGGGAAAAAGAAAGAUCAAAGAUAG